AUGGCUUCCGACGGCCAGCGAGUAUCUUCGUCGCCCUCGAUUUCUAGCUUUGCCAAGUCGCAUAGUGUCCAUAGCUCCCGCCUUGCACCGUCAACAAUCAAGACCGUGAUUACGGCCCCUCCGUGGGCUCGAGACGAGCCACCCUCUCCUGGAGAUGACGAACCUCAGCGCGGCGCAACCUCUAGUGAUAGCUUCCGACGCCCAGUGGAUUACCGCGUCUCGGAUGUUACAUCUUAUGAGUCCUCAAUUCCCGAGGAACCAGGUCCAUCGCGUUGGUGGACGUUCGCGCGACAUCGUCCUUCUCUGUCUCAAACUACGCCGCUAAAUGGCACCCCAUCCGAACCGCGAAGGCCGCAGCGAGAUUGGGAGCGUUCUCUCUCGUUACCAUGGCUAAAUGUGUCCCAUCAUCUGCGCUCUCAGGAGAGUAGUCUCUUGACUGCUCGCCCCCACGAAACCGAGCAUCGCGCGCCUGAGCAUCCCCAAAUCCCUGCUGAUCCUCUCCACGUCGACAUCCCGCCACCUCCCGCCACCCCAUAUACUAUCGCGCAGAAUGCAACACCGGGCUGGGACACGCCUUGGACUGCUCGUCCUGCGGACCUUACAUCUCGAGGGCAUAACUCGGGCGACGAAGUCACGCAGCUGGCACAAGCUGACGAUGACUCGAACGAGAAGUUAGGUACUUGGACGAGGAGAAGGAAGAGGGUCCGGGCUUAUAUGAUGUACAAUCCUUAUGUGCCGCUGCUUUUUCGGUUCACCAACAUCGUCUUCACCACGACUGCUCUGGCGAUUGCAAUCCGUAUCCGCCUAAUCGAGAAAAAGAAUGGGGUGAUGGGUGCUGUAGGCUGUUCACCGACACUGGUCAUCAUCUUCGCAUCUCUGACUCUCGUCCAUGUAAUGAUCGCUAUCUACGUGGAAUACUUCGGUCGUCCCGUUGGGCUCUGGCAUACAUCCAGCAAGCUCGCUUACACCUUGAUCGAGGUCGUCUUCAUCUGCGCCUGGUCUGCAGCGCUCGCACUCUCCUUUGACAAUUUCUUCACUUCCUUGAUACCCUGCGCCUCAGCUUCCGAUAUAUCCUGGUAUAACCAGCUACCGCGUCCGACCGUGCCAGGGCUUACCGGUAACGAGGGCACUCCAGGUGACCAGAUAUGCGAUGAUCAGUUGGCACUCAUCUGCCUUGUCGGCGUGGGCCUCAUCAUGUACUGCAUUAACCUCGUCAUCAGUCUCUUCCGGAUAUUCGAGAGAGUGAAAUAUCAUCCAACAUUGAUACUACCAUCAUAG